AUGGGCCAUCCGGACGACGAGCUCCUCGCGCUGGCGUCCGCAUCGACUCUGGCGAAUACUGGAAAUCAGGUCCAGUCGAGCUCGAACGGCUUCCUAGAUGUCUUGGCGACCGGACUGGCUAUCACCGCCAGCGCGUUCCACAUCGCCAACCUUGACGUCCAGGUGCUCCUGCGCGACACCAACGCGCUCGAAGAGCUCAGCGAGGAUCUGCUCGCGCGUUUUGGAGGGACCCCACUGCCCACCAACCUUCCAAAGGCGCCAAACCAGUCGCCUUACUCCGUCAAGCUGCUGACCGGCAAGAAUACGCCGUUCUUCAAGGAGAUUCUGCAGUCGCGUACAGGGCGCCUCGAGUUGCCGCCCCCCUGUGCCUGCCCUGAACAGACCAUGCUUGCCAAGCUCGGGAAGACGCUCGGCAACCUGCGCGACAGCAAGAGACGCGCCGAUACGGUGUCCCUGCACCUCCAGAAGCACGCGGAUGCGGUCAGCACCUACAUCCAGGAUGUCAACAGCGUGCUGGCUCGUCACGGUGCGCUCACGACGUGGAUGGCCGAUCGGCGUGCCGACGCGCCCAACCUUCGUCUCCCCAGCCAGACCAACUUCUGUCACUGUGCUGCUCCCACUGAGGAGCCGCCGCAAGAUGCCCCGGAUGACAUGCACAGCGCCUCGGCCGACGUGGACAGCGUGGAGUGUGUUACUGCUACGGAA